AUGUAUUAUGCAAACUGCAUCUCCGAGUGCUGUUCCUGCAUGUUCUGUCGCACACCUGCCGGGACGCAGGAACCCACGAACAAGUCCCGAUCCCCCGGCUCAUCUGAAGAAAAACCUCCAGUACGGACGGCAAGUCCGGCUCCAUCCAGAUGCUGCUUUGGCUUUGCAGUACGCUGUGGCAGAAGCAUGUUGGAAAAGCUGGGGGUCGGGACACACAAUGUGUUCUUUGAUCGUUGCGGCCUUCCUCUCGUCGAGAGAUAUUAUAUCGUUUUCUUUGUCCAUUAUGCUGCAAUACUGGAUCAAAUGGUCGUGGUGCUCAUCUACAGCGUUGAAGUGUUGCUCAACCCGGGGAUGCCAAAGCGGCCUAGCAGCAUUCCUCGUCUACCACCACACCAACCACAAUCCCAAUGUCCCCCGCCUCUUUCAGAAGUGGAGAAAUCGGAGAGGCUGGACAAAGGAAUCAUAGAGCACCAGCCUGACUCAGUGUGUCAUUCUCUGCCGUGGCAUCCUACCCCAACAUUAAAGGGCGCCAGCAUGUUUUCGCAGGGCUACGAAGAGCUCGGUGCCGAGUUCUUUGACCAGUUCCUCACCUACAGUCCCGAGGACAAUGAGACACCCGACUACUCAACAAACCAAGAAUCCAGCAGCUACCUUGAACAAUCAAACAGAUACCAAUCUGCCAAUGGGUCGUCGAGCUCCAUCGAUGAAGCUAGCAACGGCAUAGCCAGCUGGCAAUACGCAUCGUGGGCGCCAGAUAAUCAUGAUCAUGAUCAUGUCGUCUCCUCGUUCAACUCGGCUUCAGGCGACCAGUUCUACGGCAUUUCUGCAAGAGCUGCAAUAUCGGACACUGAGCUGCUCAGCCUCGAAGGUAUCAGGCUCGAAUGUCCGCGGGCCGAUGCAUACUCGCAUAGAUCGUUGCCGUCUUCUCCAACACUCGCUUUGGCACACCCCCCGCUGCGAAGAAAGAACUGCGUUGUCGAGUCUUUGUCUAAGACGUUCAAAAAGGCGACAGCCAACCUCGACAAGAGUCUUCUCCGCAGUCCCAUCAGGAAACAGAAGUCGACUCCAAAAAUAAUGGGAGCUAUUCACGGAAACCAAAACCACAGCAGCAGUAACCUGGAUCUCUGGGACCUGAAGCUCGACAAGUUCAAAUUUGACUUCGAGCGCGAUGAUGCGCCACUCUCGCCACCACCAUCGUCCAAAGCACCAGAUGUGCCGCAACUCGCCCACUUCCACUCGGAUCCCCAGAAAGGGGAGCUCCUUGAUGGCUUCACCUACAAGAAUGCUUUGACACGGCCGCAGCACACGGCCAGAUCUACGGGCUACGACACUCCUCUGUCGAGUCCAACAUUGGACAACAACAACUACCCGUCGCGACGAACAAGCCAACAGCUGCGUUCAGGCAGCGCUCUCUUCCCCAUCACGCCCCAAGCCCAGAAUGCUUCAGGCUCAGGCUCAGGCUCAGGAUCUUGGUCCCAGCUGCCAAACUCUCCAGGGUUCAACAGCCACGGAGACACAUCGAUAUAUCCCGAAAUCGAGUCCCCAUUAUGGUGGGGUCAUGCUGCUACAGCACCGAUGGCCCAUCCAUCGCCCAACAACUUCCACUCGAAUGCGCAGCGAACGAGCAAAACACUAGCAAUGCAACUUCGAAACGAUCUCGCAUAUAACAAUAACAACAGCAGCAACCACAACGAUCUGGCAUACGACUCAGCGAACAUGGCCAACGGACUCAUGAUCCAGAUGCCCGAGUCCGCCACUCGGCAGUCGUUCGUGAUGGGCACUCCACCCCAGCACUCGCAAGGCUACUUUCCCAGCCCUCACUCCCAGUCGCACCACUACCACCAACAGCAACAGCAACAGCAACGGCAACGGCACCACCGCCAGCUGAGCGGGAACCGACAAGCCUCGCACCACGCCCGGCCAAGGCACCCCCAACUCUCCAGUCCCCCCGUGAUCCGCAAGAGCCGAUCCACAAGCAGCGACUCGGACUCGGAGUCGCCGUCGCCGUUGCCGCGCCACGGGCAGCAGCAGCCGGCCUUCCACGUCCGGAAGCGCAAGACCAAGUCUAGCAAGCAGGCGACGCCGCGGACGCCGAGCAGCAGCAGCAUCGCCGCCGGCGCAGUGGACUUUGUCAACUACACGCCGAGUGACAGCCGCAAGAUCCUGACCGGGGUGGCGCCCAGUGGGAGCUCGAAGACGAAGGCGAGGAGGGAGAAGGAGGCGCUGGAAAAGAGGCGGAAGUUGAGCCAGGCGGCCAUGAGGGCUGUGAAGGCUGCUGGCGGCGAUGUGGACAGUCUUGUCGAGGAGGGCCUUUUCGUUUGA